UUCAAAUGUCUCAGCAGAUUCAGAAAACUACUGCAAAUGGCAAAGAGAUGCUGUCCAAUCCCAGUCUCAUACCUGUGCAGGGGACUUUGAAUGUAGUGAUGAAGCAGAACGUGACCCUUUCCUGUCACUCAGAGUCUGGAUCUCCACCUGUCAGAUACACAUUGUUUAAACACAAUCAGAAGGUAUCCACUUUAAAAAGGCCAGACUUGACCCCCAGUUUGUUUAACCUGACUAUCAACUCUGCCAGUGAUGUGGGUGAAUACAAAUGCAAAGCUGAGAAUAACAACACCCGUGGUGGAAAAUACAGCAACAGUCUCAACUUCACCCUUAUAGAGCCAAUUUCCAAACCAGUGCUGAGCUCACCCACCUCUCAAGCAAAGAAAGGCCAGAACGUGACCCUGUCUUGUCUCGCAGAAAAUGGCUCUCUUCCUAUCACAUACAUAUUCUUCAAAGGAAGACAAAGCAUCUCUCUCCCACUGAAGAUGCAGAAGAGGGAAGCAGCUGUGAUUUUUCUAUUUAUCAAUUCCUCUGGUGACUUUGGAACCUAUAAAUGCAGAGCUGAAAAUAGUUUUCGCAAUAAUACAAAAUACAGCAAUAGUUUCAACUUUACAUUAGCAGAAGAAAGAAGCCAUUCUCAACCCCUGAUAAUUUCUCUUGUGCUGAUCUUGCUACUAUUUGUAAUAGGAUUUGCUCUGGCAAUUAAAUUUUUCAUAAUUCCUUCAUAUAAAUCAAAAAAAUUUAAGUCUUAUAGGUCCUCAGCUGGCCGUACUUCAACAAUGAAUGCAGAAGAGUCUGAAAACUACGUCAUAUACACAGAGAUUGAGCCUGUUAAACCAGAAGAAGAAUACGUCAACUUUUCUGUUAUUAGAAAAGAAGAUGAAAAAGAGAAGGUGGCACAUACUACAGUCUAUUCAAAGGUCCUCAUCAGAGAUUAAGUACAAGGUAAGAUCAAUUUUGUGAUUAACUAAAUUACGUAUUUUUAAAGAAUCGUUCAGUCCUCAGAUGUGAAAAGUAACCUGGAAGACCCAGAUGGUCUAGAUUUGACAAAAAAAGAAGAUACACCACCAAGUGUUAGCAGAACUAUUUGCAGAGAAAACAGAGUCCAUGACUCUAUAGAAGCCAGUUCAGGCCCAAAUGUUUAA